UUUCAGUUCAAAAAAAUGCCCCGCAAUUCUCUGCGCUAAUUCCCAUAUGAAUUUUUCAAACCCCACAAUCGAUUUCUGUCUCUUUCGAGCAUUUCGGAUCACCACAGGACUUUUUCUCUGAAAACCAGAGCUAAAUUCAAACCCCAUUGCCUAUUUUCCUCUCUGUUUAAGUGUUACCCUUAAUGUCUUUGGCUGUUGAGGCUGCUUCAAAUUCCAAAAACAUGGGGUUUGAUGAGAACCGUGAAGAGGGAGAUACAUUGGAUAACCAUGGGAAUGAGAAUGAAGCUGAGAAGAUUAGUAGCCAAAUGAAUGAAGCUUCUCUUUAUGCAACGGAGGAUGAAACUGAUGAUGAAGGAAGCAAAAUCGAGUUGGGCCCUCAACGCACAUUGAAAGAAGAGCUCGAGAAGGAUAAGGAUGAUGAGAGUUUGAGGAGGUGGAAGGAGCAGCUUCUUGGCUCUGUGGAUUUAGAAAAUGCUGGAGAAAUUCUUGAACCAGAUGUGAAGAUUCUAAGUCUGUCAAUAGUGUCACCAGAGAGACCAGACUUGGUUCUUCCGAUACCCGACGACGGGAACCCGAAAGGGUUGUGGUUUACUCUGAAAGAAGGCAGUCGUUACAAACUGAAAUUCUCCUUCCAAGUGGCUAACAACAUUGUUGCUGGCCUCAAAUACACCAACACUGUUUGGAAAACUGGUGUCAAAGUUGACAGCUCCAAAGAGAUGCUUGGAACUUUCAGUCCCCAGGUCGAGUCCUACACUCAUGUCAUGCCUGAGGAGACCACUCCCUCCGGUAUGUUCGCCCGUGGAUCAUACUCGUCAAGAUCUAAGUUUGUUGAUGAUGAUAACAAGUGUUACUUGGAAAUAAACUACACAUUCGACAUCAGAAAGGAGUGGGGUGCAACUUAAGUGGGUGAUUGGGGUAUUAGGAGGCAAUGCUGUGGGAGCUGGAGUUGUUAAGCAGCCAAUUUUUAGUCAAUUAAUUGCUCUUUAAAUUACAUGUAAUUAUAAUUAAGGCCAACAAGUAUCAUGUUAAUUACUAGUUUGGAGAAUAUGAAUGAAUGCAACAAACAACAUUCUUUGUU